CUGGAGGAAGUUGUUCACCGACCGCUCGGGAUGGUCUGAGGCCACAGCUCUCAGAACGGCAGUUCCUCCAGUAAAUCCCGAGAGCCAGCGGCCAGAGCCCGUGUCCAGACACGGAGGCCAGAACCAGCCACUGUCCGUCCUCUGCCCCGCGGCGACCAUGGCCAAACACCCUGGCUUUGCCCUGAUUUUUUUCUCACUCUGGAUGCUGAGGUUCCUGACUCAAGCUUCUUUUCAGAUCAAAGAUCUCGUCCCCCCUGAGUGCAGGAUAAUGGGUAUCUCGCUCAUCAAGAAAUCCCCCGGCUUGAAUUUCACGGAAGGCAAGGAAGCCUGCAGGAUGCUAGGAGUCCAGCUGGCCAGCAAAGACCAGGUGGAGGAGGCCAGGAUGCAUGGCUUUGAGACCUGCAGCUUUGGCUGGGUGGCCAGUGAGUUCCUGGUCAUUUCUCGGAAUACGGCAAACCCCAAGUGCGGAAAGAAUAAGACGGGCGUGGUGGAGUGGAGAGUUGAUCGGAGCAAACGGCACUUUGUCUAUUGUUACAAUGCAUCAGACACUUGGACUGAUUCGUGCAACCCGAAAACAUCCAGUAUCACCUCCACCGAGGACCACGGAAUUACCCCGACUGCCUCCUCUGCCGCGGAGUAUAAUGUCACAGACGCCGCACAGGCCACCUCGCAGGCCUCCACGCCUUCCCCUCCUCCACGAGGAAGAAGGAGGAAACUGAUCUGUGUAACAGAAGCCCUUUGGGAAACAACUCGGCUAAUGGAAGACGAAGUGACGUUACCCGUUGGAAGCCAAGCUGCCUUUAAGAAUGAAGGAGUUGUGUUUGGAGGUUUGCCCACCACGCUCCUGGUGCUCGCUCUGAUCUUCUUCGUCGCUGCAGCCGUCCUUGCCGUCUGCUACGUCAAAAGGUACGUGAAAACCUUCCCGUUCGCCAACAAGAACCAGCAGAAGGAAGUAAUCGAAACGAAAACCGUGAAGAAAGCUAAGGGUAGCACUGAUGUUUCCGAGGAGGAAAAGAAGAAAAAUGGGAAAAAGCAAGAAGAUCCAAAGAUGCCCCCAAAAGCCACAGUGAAAUGCAUGGAAGCGGAAGUUUAAAUGAAGUGGGCAUUAUUGGAAGGUGUUGGGUCCCUGUUGACUUUAACGCACUGGGGCGUUUUGUUUUUUUGUUUUCAUGGUAUUUGUUAAGCGCUUACUCUGGGCCAAGCACUGUACAAAGCGCUGGGG